AUGGGUCUCGCCACGAUCUACUGGAUCGUGGCGAUACCUAUGGACGAUCAUCUCACUGCGGAUCAUCAUCUGGAACACAUGUGUUCAGAGUGCGAAGAGAGCUUUGGCUCUGCAGAAGAGGCCAAAGAGCAUACUCUUUUAGCUCACGAAAAUGCUCAAACAUUCGAUGAUCCAAAAAUUAGAAAUACUAGAAUUGUAGAUUCCAUAAUUGCAGCAGUGAGAGUAUCCGGUGAUGUGAUUGAAGAAUUCAAUUCAGUGAUCAUGCGAGCGGUUAUUCGUCAUUGGGGAAACACGAGCACGGAAAAGCUGAUUGCUGUCGUUGAUUCUCCAAUGAUUACUCGUGACUUCUAUAUCGACUGUUUUGAAGCUUUAAAGAUGAGAUACGAUUCUGGAGAGAAGUCCAUCGAUCUUCUCUGUCGUUUGGCAAAAUUGUGUACAAAAAUUGGAAAUUUUGUUGAGAAGGAAAAGAGAAAGGACAUCAUAAUCAAAGGAAAGAUGUACGCUACCGAAGCCUGGAACACCGAUUCGUACAACAUCUUGGCUGCUCAUUGGGCCGCUGUGAUGUCAGGAAAGGCAAUCGAAUAUCUUGAAGGCGAUGAAAAGAAUCUGGAGAUGAGACACUGCAGACAAUAUCUCGAUCGUGCCAUCUCUAUCCAGGCAGGAAAAAAUGCAAUGUACAAUAAUAUUCUUGGCCGUUGGGCUCUUUCAGCACUGGAGAUUUGGGAGUCUGACCGACAACAGUUAAUUCAUCAUUAUGCCACCCCAUAUGACGCUAUCGACGAUGCCAUUUAUCAGUUCAGAUCCGCUUUCGAUCUCAUACCGUAUUGGAUCGAUAAUAUUGUACACCUGGGCAAAGCGCUUCUUUACAAUGAAAACAAAGAAGCCGCCAUUGGAAUGUUUCGGCUUGCUCUCAAAAUGGAUAAUUCCAAAGCUUUUCCUGUCUCACGUGAUCCGCGCUCUAACGAAUAUCGUCACAGAAGUCCGCCACCUCGCACUGAGCACACUUUCGGUGCUUCUCGAUCGAUAUCCGAGCCUUUGCCGGAAUCAUGCCGAUCUCUUCCCCUGUUUUAUCAAUUAUCUGGGCAGUUCGAAGCGUUUGGCGUGGAAUAAGCCGGGAUUAAUCGAUACAAUUCUUAAUUUCAUCAAUAUUUACGAUAUAAAUCGAGAACGACACGUGGAUCCUUCCACCCUGGAAAUCCGAUUCGAAAAUGAGAAAAUCGAGGGAAAAAGUGAUUUGAAACGAGUUUUUGUGCAGAAUCCCGACGUGAGCCCAUUCGAAUUUGGAGUUGUGAGCUCAUCGAAAUCCAAUGCAGUUUCACCAUUUGAGCUGCCGGAUGCUUUGCUCAAUUUGGCAAAUGUACUGGCGCCAAUUAUUUCGAAUAUCGUUCUGGAGGAUGCUGGUGGUCAAUUUAUGAUUCAAGGUGUGAAGCUGAUCGAAUCAAUCGUUAGAGGAGCCGAAAAUCAGCCAAAUGACUUUUUGCUCAAGGAUUUUCGUAAACAAGUUCACGGAUCAAUGUCAGCUGUACGUAUUGCAAUUUCGAAGCGUCACGGAAAAAGCGACAGAUUUCGGGCCGCAGCCACAUGGAUUUUGGACUAA